AUGGCGGUGGCCUCGGCCUCGCCCCUCUCCGCAGCGCCGUCCGCCAAGCCCGCCACGGCCCCCUCGCCUCCCGCUCCCGCGUCCGGGUUCCUCGCUCUCCGCGCCCGCAGCGGCGGCGCACCGCGCCUCCGCCCCGUCGCCGCUUGGAGGAGGCUUCGCGUGGAGGCGAUCAGGACGCAGCAGGAGAAGCAGCGGACGGAGGUGCCCGUUGAGGAUUCCGCCCCCGCCAGGGACGCCGCCGCGCCCCUGGACGGAGUCGGAAUCGACGACCCCAUGGUUCCUUCCUCGGACGAGGGCUGGGUGGUCAGGCUCGAGCAGUCGUUCAACAUUUUCGCCACGGAAUCGAUGAUUAUGGUACUCGAUGGCGUGUACCGUGAUCGGAACUACGCCAGAUUUUUUGUGCUCGAGACGAUUGCCAGGGUGCCGUAUUUCGCGUUCAUAUCGGUGCUUCACAUGUAUGAAACCUUUGGUUGGUGGAGACGAGCCGAUUAUCUAAAGGUUCACUUUGCGCAGAGCUGGAACGAGUUCCAUCACCUCUCGAUCAUGGAAGAAUUGGGUGGCGACGCUUUAUGGAUUGAUUGUUUCCUUGCUCGGUUUAUGGCGUUUUUUUACUACUUCAUGACUGUUGCAAUGUACAUGGUGAGCCCACGAAUGGCAUAUCACUUUUCUGAAUGUGUGGAGAGACACGCGUAUUCGACCUAUGAUAAGUUCCUCAAGCUCCAUGAAGAGGAAUUGAAAAGACUACCAGCUCCAGAGGCAGCAUUAAACUAUUACCUGAACGAGGACCUUUACUUAUUUGAUGAGUUUCAGUCAGCAAGAAUUCCAUGUUCUAGGAGGCCUAAAAUAGAUAACUUAUAUGAUGUAUUCGUCAAUAUACGAGAUGACGAGGCAGAGCACUGUAAGACAAUGAAGGCCUGUCAAACACAUGGAAUUCGUUCUCCUCACUCAAUGCCGAACUGCUUAGAAGCUGAUUCGGAAUGUGCAAUACCUGAAGACGAUUGUGAAGGCAUCAUAGUAUACAAAGUACAAAAUUUUGAUGAUAUCCUCUCUUUUUUCUAUGUAACUUUUUUUAAGUGA